AUGUACAUCCAUCACACCACUGUAUCUCAGCCACUAUGUACAUCCAUCACACCACUGUAUCUCAGCCACUACGUACAUCCAUCACACCACUGUAUCUCAGCCACUACGUACAUCCAUCACACCACUGUAUCUCAGCCACUACAUCCAUCACACCACUGUAUCUCAGCCACUAUGUACAUCCAUCACACCACUGUAUCUCAGCCACUACAUACAUCCAUCACACCACUGUUCUCAGCCACUACAUACAUCCAUCACACCACUGUAUCUCAGCCACUACGUACAUCCAUCACACCACUGUAUCUCAGCCACUACGUACAUCCAUCACACCACUGUAUCUCAGCCACUAUGUACAUCCAUCACACCACUGUAUCUCAGCCACUAUGUACAUCCAUCACACCACUGUAUCUCAGCCACUAUUUACAUCCAUCACACCACUGUAUCUCAGCCACUACAUCCAUCACACCACUGUAUCUCAGCCACUAUGUACAUCCAUCGCACCACUGUAUCUCAGCCACUAUGUACAUCCAUCGCACCACUGUAUUUCAGCUACUAUGUACAUCCAUCACACCACUGUAUCUCAGCCACUAUGUACAUCCAUCACACCACUGUAUCUCAGCCACUAUGUACAUCCAUCACACCACUGUAUCUCAGCCACUUCAUCCAUCACACCACUGUAUCUCAGCCACUAUGUACAUCCAUCACACCACUGUAUUUCAGCUACUAUGUACAUCCAUCACACCACUGUAUCUCAGCCACUAUGUACAUCCAUCACACCACUGUAUCUCAGCCACUAUGUACAUCCAUCACACCACUGUAUCUCAGCCACUAUGUACAUCCAUCACACCACUGUAUUUCAGCCACUAUGUACAUCCAUCACACCACUGUAUCUCAGCCACUAUGUACAUCCAUCACACCACUGUAUCUCAGCCACUAUGUACAUCCAUCACACCACUGUAUCUCAGCCACUAUGUACAUCAAUCACACCACUGUAUCUCAGCCACUACAUCCAUCAUACCACUGUAUCUCAGCCACUACAUCCAUCACACCACUGUACCUCAGCCACUAUGUACAUCCAUCCGCCACUGUAUCUAGCUUAUAUGUUGACACUGGCUUCCUGUCU